AUGUACUUAGUGCAAAGUGGUUCUGAUACACUGGGAUCUAUACCCGACCCCAGCUUCUGGAACUACAUAUGGCCCCAUCUUCUGGAACUACAGUACGUGCGACCCCAGUUUCUGGAACUACAUUACGUGCGGCCUCAGCUUCUGGAACUACAGUACGUGCGACCCCAGUUUCUGGAACUACAGUACGUGCGACCCCAGUUUCUGGAACUACAGUACGUGCGACCCCAGUCUCUGGAACUACAGUACGUGCGGCCUCAGCUUCUGGAACUACAGUACGCGCGACCCCAGUUUCUGGAACUACAGUACGUGCGGCCCCAGCUUCUGGAACUACAGUACGUGCGACCCCAGUUUCUGGAACUACAGUACGUGCGGCCCCAGCUUCUGGAACUACAGUACGUGCGACCCCAGUUUCUGGAACUACAGUACGUGCGGCCCCAGCUUCUGGAACUACAGUACGUGCGACCCCAGUUUCUGGAACUACAGUACGUGCGACCCCAGCUUCUGGAACUACAGUACGCGCGACCCCAGCUUCUGGGACUACAUUACGUGCGGCCCCAGCUUCUGGAACUACGUGGGGCCCCAGCUUCUGGAGUUGGGGCUGCCAAUGAGUUACUAGUCUAA